AUCAAAUCCAAAAAAGACGACUUCUAUUAGCAUUGCAAACGCACGUUGGAAAGUAUGAAGAAGAAUGUUUGAUGGAGGAUAUGCUCAAAAAAUGAACCUUGGUGGCUCUUUCCCGGAAACAACAAGAACCCCAGACUUGACUGGACAAGGCAACAGCAGCCAGUUUCCUACCACCUAUCCAUCUAAUAAUUAUCAAUUUUUAUCCUCAUCCAGACCGCAAAUAGAAGGAAAUUCAGGAUAUCCAGAGAUGAUGUCGCAAACGCGCCCCACAGCGACAGCACGAGGAUUUCCAUACGGCUCUUCUAGUACCGGUGAAGGUAUACCUCCAGUACCAUCCAUGCGUAUGGAAGAAUCCAACCAGUUUACAACCACUCCUAUGGCUUCUACUGACAUGAAGCACCCAUCACCGUCCUUGCCUCCUUCGGCUUCAGCCAUUCAACAGCAACAACAGCAACAAUUGUUACAAAGGCAGCAAUACCUGAAAAAUAAAAUGGAAUCAGCGAGCUCUAUGUUUGAGCCUUCUUAUCAAAGUCACCCUGAGUACCCGCCAAACACAUUUCCAACCCAGAAUAUGGCAGCCGCAUCUUCAAGGUCACCUUCGAUAGCUCCUGACGUGCCUAACAAUCCGAGUCCCCCAAGUAGAAAUAAAACCUCAACUCCUUCUGAUGUUGCUGAAAAUUGCAAUAAAUUUAUGGUUAGUUUAUUAAGUUUCAUGGCCAAACGUGGCACCCCAAUGAAAGACUAUCCAUCAAUCGAUGGAUAUCCUAUAAAUCUGAUGAUGUUAUAUGCUCUUGUUAUGCGUACAGGUGGCUCUAGGCGAGUAACGGAUUUAAAAUUAUGGCCAAAAGUUGCUGCUUCCCUUGGAUUUACGAAUCCAAAAGCAGUUUCCCUCUUGUAUCAAAACUACAAUGAAUGUCUCCUUCCUUAUGAAGAAGCUUGGACUCGUGCCCAUCAGCAAAAGCUUCGGCUAGAAAAUCAGCCUGUAUCAGAAGAUCCAAGAAUACCCACGCCGAAACAGACAUCCGUUCCAAAAGCGACUUUUAACGCACAAAUACCGAAUCAAAAAAAUGAAUCUCCAUCUUUGAGUGGAUCUUCACACACACCUGCUAACUAUAAACCGUCCCUGUCCCCUACUGCCGUACCUCAACGAAGCGGCUCAAUACCUCCUAACCCUCCUGUUAAUGAAAAAAACAAGCCUUUUAUUGUCCCUGAAGCUUCAACACCUUUACCCUCCGCUUCGGAUCGACCUCCAGUUGAACCUAGCGUUGAACCUCGCACUUACAAUCCCAUGAAAAUAGACUUGGCGGGAAUAACUGCUGGAUUUCCUCUGCAUCUUUCUACUACUCAUCGCAUCGAUGAAUCCUUAUUGCGGUUGAAAAUGCCGUCUAUCUCAGAUUUAGGUUGUAUAAAUAUUCAUGCGCUAUCUAUGAGUCUUUUAUCAACACUCCCUGGUGAAAUGACUUAUGCUCUCAACGUUUUACUUCUUUUGGCAAAUGAUAGACAAGAAGCUGUACAUUUAGCAAAAUGCGAAGAAGUACUUGAUGCAUUGGUGGAUGUUGGAUGGAAUUGCUUGGAUGUACUUACGGAGAAACUUGCAUCGGAGACGAGUGAAAACAUUCACGUUGAAAGGCCUUCUUACAGGUAUCUAUUGCUAGAAUGCAUACAAGAAAACAGUAUUCAAAGAAAUCAGCCAAACCAAGAAUAUGAAGGUUGCGGUACAUAUGAAAAGAAAAAUCGUCAAUUGAUAGAGCAGCACUUGCUUGCUGUAUGUAUAAUACUUCGUAACAUGUCCCUUGCUGAAGAAACAAUAAUGAACUUUUCUCGCGGAUCUGAGUUAUUUAAUUUCUUACUGCGACUAAUUCGGUUGUUGAAUCGUGGUGAGUGGUGUUUGUUAUCAUCUAAACGUGCUAUGCUAGAUCUUCAUAAGGAUGUUUUACUAUUUCUUUCACAGGUAUCACAUAAUAUCGUGCUACCAAACGUGGAGUCUGCUUUACAAAUUUUGCAUUUUAUUUUAGCGUUUUCUCCCAUAUCAAAGAAAUAUACCAAGCGAAAAGGUUUGGUAACGGGUGACUCCCAAGAUCUCCCUCUGGAAAUUCCCACCUAUACCCCUUUCACGCACCCCUAUGUUGGACCUUCUAUAGCUGUAUACGCAAAGUUGAUGGCUCGGGACGCUACCAACAAAUUAUAUUUUCAGACAGUUUUUGACCGAAAUCCUAAGCUUUUGAACUUAACGUUUCUUUUUCUUGCCUCUGUUAUCCCAAAGUUCAAUAGACAAUGUUUAAAGCUUUGCGAAAAGCGUCUACCGUUGUUACAGCAUGCAUUUUUAUGUUUGGAGAAUACUGUAUCGUUUCUACGAGAACCAUCUCAGGCGGUGUUUUGGUGUAACAUUGGUGAUGGUUUUUUUGCUUCUCUCAUUCGUUUAUUAAUUCUAUUAUCCGGUCAUCCAUCUCUUAAUCCCGUUUUUCCUCCUGAUGUCCCUACCCGAACGAGCACGAAUCCCUUCCGCUGUGUAAUUCAAAAUGGAAUAUUAUGUGCAAGAAAGCUCUACACCUUAGCAUGCUCAAUUAAUGCUACAAUUGUUUCUUUCCCAAAGAACGAAACUAUUCUAGCGAUUCUUCUUGCUCCUACCACCGACCGAACGUUUUUGAAAGAUCUCUCAACUAUAUUGGAUAGAGAUGUUGGGGAACAACUAUCUUUUAAUAAUAGAAACUUUAAAUAAUUAGUUGGUUCCUGUUUAUAUUGAUUUAUUUUUGUUAAUAAUAUUUCCUUCUCUUUGUCUACUUUCUUCCCA